CGUUCGCAUCGAGUUCUUUCUUAUUCCCAUCGGAUGCAGCGUCAGAUCGCCGAAUCGUCUGUGUAAAUUCACGGCAAACAAACUAUAAAAAUAGAUUAAAAUUUUAGCAUCGGAAAAGUAGUUGCCGAAAAUUCGAACCGAGUUGUGGAGCUUUUUCCUCCGCGUUGCCCAAGUGUCGUCACCGAUGAGGCGGGCCAAUUUAAUGGGUUCUUUUUUCCUCUAUUUUAUUAUUUUUUCGAGCGCGAGCGUUUAGUCCAAUUUUGACCGAAGCUGCGUGCGGGCGUGAAUAUCUAAGGCAACUAAUUUAUAUAAUUACUGCACGGUCUUUAUUUUUUCGUUCGAAUUUCUUAAGAAUUCUGCAAAGGUCCUUUUUUUUUAAAUAACUCUGGACCAAAAGAGGCAAAAUGGGUGAUGUUACAAAUCCUACGACGACCGCCUCUCCUUUUGAAUCCCCAAUAAGUGCUGGAAUUUUCCACAACAUAGCCACAAGUUACACAGAUCAGAACGUUGUAAUAUCACCUUUACUAUUAGAAGCCACUCUAUCACUUCUCUUCCUGGGAUCUGAUGGAGCAACCGCCGAGGAACUGCAGAAAUUGCUGCGACUGAAGCAACGCUUUCCCAGCAAUGCAAAAAUGGCCAACUUUUAUGCCGCGGAACUGGCGAACAUCACAAUGGAUGCAGAUACCCGCCUGCAGUUACAGAAUCGAUUGAUGCUCCAGCCAAUUUCUGGAUCUGAGUCUGGCCCAGCAGAUGACUUCCAGAAGAUUGCUCAAACCUAUUUCCAUGUCACGGCCGAGUGUGUUGACUUGGAGCAAACGGAGAAGCUGCGUCGCCACAUCAAGGAGCAAAUCCUGGCCAGCGUUGGCGGAGGCAGUUGGGAUCAGAUCCAAGUGGAGAGUAGUCCGGCGGCCAAAACCCUUCUCCUGAUGGCUGCGAAUCUCCAGAGCAAGUGGUUCCUGCCCUUCAGUGCCUACAGAACCGGACUCUAUGAGUUCCACAACGGAAGUCAGGUGAAAUCAGUGCCAAUGCUAUUCGAUGACGAUAUGUUCGUGAAAUUCGCUGAGCUAAGGGAUUUGGAUGCCCGGGCCAUAGAACUUCCCUACGAACACGCCGAGGAGCUGUCCAUGCUGCUCAUCCUGCCAAAUCAACGAGGGGGUCUCCAGGAUCUGGAGAAGCAGCUGAGUGGCCAGGAUUUGGGUGCACUGCAGCAGAGGAUGCAAAUGGAGGGCGUGCAGGUGCUACUACCAAAAUUCAGUAUCGAUUUCGAGUGCAGUUUGCGGCAGCCGCUGAAACAGCUUGGCUUUGAAGAGAUAUUUGCACCAUCAGCCAAUUUUAAACAUUUGCAUUCGUCUGGCAAUUUACCCGUUGUUGAUGUUCUCCAAAAGCUGCGUUUGAAUUUCAACGAAUCGGGUUCCGGAAAUGAGUUGCCACGAGUUGCAGCAGAGUAUAAACCCAUUGUGAUCAGCAAUUCCUCCCGCCAGAAAUUCUUCCGAGCCGACCAUCCAUUUUUCUUUGCCAUUCGCAGUGAGAAUGUGACCUAUCUAAUGGGUCACGUGGUUGAAUUUUAAGUAAUGCUCACUAAUGAAAUAGAAGAUGUGAAGGGAUUGUGCAAUAUUUAAACUUGUGUAAAAAUAAGUAAAAUAAAACUAAUAUUUACUAA